CCUCAGUUUAUGACCAUGGCUGAAUGCCUUGGAAAUGCCUUGAUGCAGGAUCCUUCCAUGUCUUCCAUGCUCGACAAUUUGACUAAUCCUGCUCAUAAAGAACAAAUGGAAGAACGUAAGUAAAAAAUAAGGGAAGAUCCAUCAUUGAAGCAAAUCCUCGAUGAGAUAGAAAUUGGAGGCCCAGCAACAAUGAUGAAGUAUUGGAAUGACCAAGACGUCCUGCAAAAGCUUGGCCAUGCUAUGGGAAUUGUAUCUUCAGGAGAGCCUGCAGCCUCAUCUAAGCCAUCAGGAUCUGAGCAAGGAGAAGAGGAUGCAGAAUACGAUGAUGAAUCUCCUGUCCAUCAAGCUGCCAGCAUUGGCGAUGUUGAGUCUCUAAAGAGUACGCUUGCUUCUGGAGCUGACAAGGACGAAGAGGAUUCAGAGGGCAGAAUAGCUUUGCAUUUCGCAUGUGGCUAUGGAGAGAUGGAAUGUGCCAAAGUUCUUCUCGAGGCUGGAGCUGCUGUUGAUGCAUUGGACAAGAACAAAAACACUGCUCUUCACUAUGCUGCUGGACACGGACGGAAGGAAUGCGUAGAACUUCUGUUAGAAAAUGACGCCGCAGUUACUCUCCAAAAUUUGGAUGGUAAAACACCAAUUGAAGUAGCCAAGUUAAACAAUCAAGAUGAGGUUCUGAAGCUACUUGAGAAGGAUGCUUUUCUAUAA